UGUAAAACUCUUGUGUGCUUGUGUUGCUUGUGUUUACUUGUUGUCUACGACGAGGCGAGUGUGAGAACCUCCUUGGGUGAGCAAAACACAUAGUCGUAGGAAAACACGAGUGAAAGGGUGAGGCAAGGCUGAGUCUAGUUGGGACUAGACUGCCGCAUUGGGUUAAGUUUCGUUGCGAAAAAUUAACCCCGUGACAAUUGGUAUCAGAGCACGGUUGAUUCUAAAAACGUGCAGCGAAAGUCAUGGAAGCUAUUCGGGAACGGUUGACGCGUCUUGAGACCUUGAUAGGGUCGGAGGAAGAAGACGAAGAACGUUCUAUUGUUGAUCGCUUGAAGGAAGCUGUGGAAAGCGCUGAAAGGGCUGAGAGCUUGUACAUUUCUCUUGCGGCAGAAUCGAGUGAACGAUUGGCUACUAUCGAAGAGACAAUUGCCAUUCUGAAGAAGGCAGUGACAAGCGCUCCUAUUGGGGUAAGUACUUCUAAACCUAAAGUGCCUGAACCAAAGUGUUUUGGUGGGGCAAGAAGUUCCAAAGAGCUUGAGAAUUUCUUGUGGGACAUGGAGCAAUACUUUAGCGUUGCGAAGAUUAGCGUGGCUGAACAAGUGGAUCUUACCGUGAUGUAUCUCACGGGUGAUGCAAAGCUUUGGUGGCGGACGAGAACCAAAGAGGACUUAAGUGCUGGACGUCCAAAGAUUGAGACAUGGGAUUGUCUCAAGAAGGAGCUAAAGGAGCAGUUCCUUCCGAACAAUACAUCCUGGAUAGCGCGGGAGGAAUUGAAAAGGCUCAAACACGAUAGAUCAAUUCGUGAGUAUGUUAAAGCUUUCAGUUCCUUGAUUCUCGACAUUGAGAAUAUGUCUGAGGAGGACAGGUUGUUCAACUUCAUGUCCGGAUUGCAAACUUGGGCGCAAGCGGAACUAAGGCGACAGAACGUAAAGGAUUUGUCCUCCGCUAUUGCUGCUGCGGACAGCUUGAUUGAUUUUAAAUCAACUACAAGAGAGGGCUAUACAUCAACCUCCUUCAAGUCUAAGGGAAGAAACAAGGAGGAAAGAACGAGGAAGAAGUUCGGUGGGGGUGCAUCGAGGGCUACUGCCGCGGAGAAGGGCAAGGCCAAGUUUAUGGGUGCACAAGGUAAGAGUACUAAACCGAACUUUACUUGCUUCAUUUGUGAUGGUCCUCACUUUGCGAGGGAAUGUCCGAAGAGGGAGAAGUUGAAUGCUAUUCGGGCUGGGGAUAGCGAUGAAGGGGAAGGGGUAGUUACGCACGUCAAUCCUAUGCGUGUGAUAAACUGCCUGGUAGCUAAAUCAGAGGAUGGGGCUGCCGAAACCCGCCCUGUCGAUAAAGACUUGGCGAGGAUUGAUGCACUGCGGAAAGGGAAGUCAGGGGCUACGGACAAUCUAAUGUAUGUGAAGAUUGGGAUAAAUGGCAAAGACGUGAAUGCUAUGCUGGAUUCAGGCGCAACCCACACGUUUGUGGCAGAUCGGCUGGUGAAAGAACUUGGCCUGCGGCUGAGUGACAGCCACACAUCAAUGAAGGCAGUAAACUCGAAGGCACAGAGGAUUGCUGGGAUGUCUUAUGAUGUGCCGAUAAUGCUGGAUCAGUGGAGAGGCAAGCAGGAUGUGCUGGUCGUAAGUCUGGAUGAUUACGAUAUUAUUCUUGGCCUUGAUUUCUUACGAAAAGCCAAGGUUGUUUUGAUGCCAUAUCUCAAUGGAAUGAUGAUUGCGAGUGAGGGAUGCCCUUGUUUUGUCCCAUGUUGUAAUAUCGCAGCUGUGAAUGUUGUGAAAAGGGGAAAAAGCGUGGUCUCGGCAAUUGCUAUUGAUAAAGCAUUGCGGAAAGGAGGGGAAGUGUUUCUAGCGACAAUAGUCGACGAAAAGGCAGACUGUUGUGGUGAGGUGCCGAAAGAAAUUGCUAGCGUGCUGCAGCAAUUCGAAGAUGUGAUGCCGCCUCAGCUACCGAAGAAACUCCCGCCCAGGAGGGCCAUCGACCAUCGAAUUGAGCUGGUGCCAGGGGCAAAGCCACCAUCUCAAGCCCCUUAUCGAAUGUCGCCAAGGGAAUUGGCAGAAUUGAGGAAACAAUUGGAAGAGCUGAUUGACUCAGGGUUUGUCCGGCCUUCCAAGGCUCCGUAUGGUGCUCCGGUUUUGUUUCAAAAGAAGGCGGAUGGAAGCCUUCGCAUGUGUGUGGACUACCGAGCGCUAAACAAGGUAACAAUCAAAAACAAAUAUCCUGUUCCUUUAAUUCAGGAUUUGAUGGACAGAUUGUGUGGAGCCUCAAUCUUUACCAAAUUGGACUUGCGAUCGGGGUAUUGGCAAGUGCGGGUUGCUGACGGUGAUGAGCAUAAAACUACUUGUGUGACAAGGUAUGGCUCCUAUGAGUUUCUAGUUAUGCCAUUUGGCCUAACAAAUGCUCCAGCAACAUUUUGUAAUCUAAUGAAUGACGUGUUAUAUGAUUUCUUAGACAAUUUUGUGGUAGUCUACUUAGAUGACAUUGUAAUCUAUAGUAGAGGCAUUGAAGAUCAUGUAACUCAUCUCUCUAAAGUCCUAAGUAGGUUGAGAGAAUAUGAAUUGUAUGUAAAGAGAGAAAAGUGUGAGUUUGCAAAAGCUGAAAUAUGUUCUUAG